CACGCGGAACGAGUGGGGGGGGGCACAUCCAUCGGCGCGCGCGGCCAUGGCGGUGUUGGGAUACUGGGACAUCCGCGGUCUGGCCCAUGCCAUUCGCCUGCUCCUGGAGUACACAGAGACCCCCUAUGAGGACAAACUCUACAGCUGUGGGGAAGCUCCUGACUAUGACAAGAGCCAAUGGAUCAAUGAGAAGGAGAAGCUGGGGUUGGACUUCCCCAAUCUCCCUUACUUCAUCGAUGGCCCCACCAAGCUGACACAGAGCAAUGCCAUCCUGCGCUACAUCGCCCGCAAGCACGGGAUGGCUGGUGAGACAGAGGAGGAGAUCCUGCGUGUGGACAUGCUGGAGAACCAGAUCAUGGAUUUCCGGAUGAGCCUGGUGAUGGUCUGCUACAACCCUGACUUUGAGAAGCUCAAGCCGGGCUACCUGGAGCAGCUGCCGGGCAAGCUGAAGCUCUUCUCCAACUUCUUGGGGGACAGAAAAUGGUUUGCGGGGGAGAAGUUGACCUUUGUGGACUUCCUCAUGUUUGAUGUGCUGGAGCAGAACCGAAUCUUUGAGCCCAAGUGCCUGGAGCCCUUCAAGAACCUCAAGGACUUCAUGGACCGCUUUGGGGCCCUGGAGAAGGUGGCUGCCUACAUGAAGUCCAACCGCUUCCUGAAGUUGCCCAUCAACAACAAGAUGGCCAAGUGGGGCAAUAAAAAGGAGUAGGGGGCUAGUGUGGGGUGGGGGGAGCCUGGGGGGGUGGGAUUCUGUUCUGAUGCCCCCCAGAAUGGAGUGGGGGUCUUGACCUGAUGACACCCCCCUGAUGACCAGCAUGGGGUGGGUGGGGUGGGCACCACCAGUGUGAAGCCCCACAAGACAAUAAAGUGCUUCAGAGGUGG